GGAGUCGUCCCUCACUUCCCAGAGUGCGUCAACUGGAUAUUGGAGAAGCAACUCAAGGAUGGUUCAUGGGGUUUGCAGCUUCCUGACACUCGCCACCCUCGGCUUGUGAAAGACACGCUCUCCUCAACUUUGGCUUGCGUUCUUGCUCUCACCCAGUGGGGCAUUGGGGAACAAAACCCAACCCCCCCACUUGGAUUUAUGGAGCGGAAUUGGGGUUCGCUGACUGACCCAAGCCAGUGGGAUCCCGUGGGGUUUGACGUAAUAUUCCCGGCCAUGAUUCAUACCGCUGGGAGCCAGAAUUUGAAUCUGAACCUCCUCCUCCCUCGCCCUCUCGGAAACAGAGACUCGCCGUCGCCGGCGAGCUCGAGUCCCGCUUCACGAGGGCGCAAUGCUUAUCUGGCAUACAUCUCCGAGGGGCUGGGAGCUUCGCAAGACUGGGGAACCACCAUGAAAUUCAAGAGGAAAAACGGCUCCCUCUUCAACUCUCCCUCCGCCGCCGCCAUCCAUCAAGGGUGCAGGUUCGUUUCGUAG